CUUCUUGUAAUGCGUGGAAUAAAACGGUCAGAUAUACUGGUAGUUAGAUGUUAUAUGGAGGAUGAAAUGAAAAGAUAUGCAGUUGAAUUGCUUAAAUCCGCAAUGAAUGAAUUCGACGGUGAACGAGAAGUGGCAUGCUUUAUUAAGAAUAAAUUUGAUUCUCGUUAUCGUACCUACUGGCAUUGUAUUGUUGGCAAACAUUUUGAAUGUUCUAUAGAAUUCGAACCAACUCGGUUUAUUUACUUAAAAGCAAAAGACUUGUCAGUUGUCCUCUACAGAUACAGCUGAAAAUACAAGUUUUAUGAAAAACAAGUUGAGCGGAUAUCUGAAACAAUUGUCUUUCAUUUUCAUCUUUUGACAUACUUCACUUUAAUGCACAAUAUGUACAAAUUCUUUCCCAAAGAUUAUGAAUAACUGGACAGUUUUCAAAGCCCUCACAACUAUUCAAAUAAGGAUUUUCAUUAUUAACUGUAAUUAACAUUUCUAUCAUCAGGUUUAGAGAUCUCACUUUUCAUCUUUAA